AUGUUUGGUGCUUAUAUCGCACUCAUGCUUAUAACAGUCUUCGGUAUACCGUUUUGGAUAGCGUUGCCACUUAGUAUGAUUCUAUGCGGAAUAUUAGGGAUGCUGAUUGACUUGGUCGCGUACCGGCCCCUCCGGGAUGCACCGCGUUUGUCGGCGUUGAUUACAGCAAUAGGUGUGUCACUUGCGUUGCAAAACCUGGCGCGAAUGAUUUGGUCAGCCCGUCCCCUUCAAUUUCCUACCGAAGCCCUCCCGGCUAUCUUUCUCAGUCAAAAUGCGAUCCUACUCCCCGGUGGCGCAACCUUACCUUAUCGGGACGUGUUUAUUAUAGCGUUGGCACUCGUUUUAAUGAUUACCCUAAACAGGUUAAUUUACCUGACCAAAAUCGGGAAAGCGAUGCGGGCGUGCGCGCAAAAUCCGGUUGCAGCAAAUCUGAUGGGUAUCAGGACAAACCAAGUAAUUGCUAUAACGUUUAUUAUCGGUUCAGCUUUAGGAGCGGUUGCAGGUGUAAUGGUAGGUUUGCGCGAAGUGGUUACGCCAACAAUGGGCUACUAUAAAGGGGUAGCGGCUUUUGCGGCGGCUGUUCUCGGCGGCAUUGGUAACGUUACAGGCGCAAUGCUCGGCGGCAUCAUAAUCGGAAUCGCCGAAGUGCUCGGAGCUGGGUAUAUCUCCUCAGGGUACCGGUUAGCAAUUGCAUACAUUAUCAUGAUUGCAGUAAUUGUUAUUCGUCCAUCUGGACUAUUUGGCAAAUCAACAGGACACCGUGCUUAG